AUGCUGAACAUUUUUUCCAAUGAAAAUUUAACACUACAUGCUGAAAAGGAAGGAGAAGAAGAGAAAUUAGAAAAGCCUGAAGACAAAAAAGAUUUAGAUAAGAUUGAGAGUAAAAAAAUGAACAGAAAAUUUUCUCAUGGUUCAUAUUUAUCUAAAUAUGAUAGUAAAGGUUUAUAUUUUAAUAAACGAUUAGAAACUAAAAUAAAAUCUUUAAGGAAAAACUUUAGGAAACGUUAUAGGAUAGUAAGAAGUAAUUUAAUGAAAUUAAUGAAAGUAUUAAAAGAAUUUCCUGAUAUAAAACAUAUAAAAGAACAUGAAAAAACUGAUGGUAAGAUCACAAUCAAUGUUGAUGUGGUUGAAAAAUUAAAUAAAAUUAUGGAUAAAAUAAAUAUAGAAAAAUUAAAAUAUAAUAAUAAAAAAGAAAAAAAGAAAAAAAAAAGAAUUAAAAAUAGAAGUAGAAUUAGGAAUAGGAAUCGAUAUAAGAGUGAAGAAUAUUUAUAUCCAAAAAAAAAAUUAUCCAAAAUUUCUUUUUCAACUAGUCUUUUUCCUCUCUCUAAAAGGGUUAGCUACAAAAGUAAUAUAAAUACAUUAAGUAUGGAAAAUAAAAAAAACAAAAGAAAAAGAAAAAAGAAGAAAAAAAAGAAGAAAGAAAAUAACAUACAAAAUGCAAAACUACAUAAAAGAAAAAAUAUAUAUUCCAACAGAAGUAAAUUAUUUAAUAAGAGUAAAACAUUUGGAAAACUUCACAGAAGAAGAAAAUACAAAAAUUUAUAUGAAGAUAGAAAAUGUUUCUAUGAAAAUAUUUAUGAAAAUCUUAAUGAAAAUCUGAAUCAACAUAUUUAUGAAAAUAUGUACGAAAAUUUGAAUGAAAAUAUGUAUGAAAACAUGUAUGAAAAUUUGAAUACAAAUAUGUUCGAAAUAAUAAAUGAUAAUAGUCGUGAAAAAAAGUAUAAAAAUUCAUGUGAUAAUAUGUUGGAAAAUUUAUAUGGAAAUGUAUAUGUAAAUGAACUUGAAAAAUCUUAUGAAAAAGAACUUGAUAAUUCAUAUAAAAGUUUAAAUGUAAAUGAGUUUCAUAAUUUAAACAAUAAUUCUCUUAAAUAUAAAUUUCAAAAAACUUUUUAUCAUAAUGCUUUGCAAAAUUAUUACCCGAACACUAGUGUACCUUUUAACAAGAAUUAUUUAAAGAAUAAUAAUUUUUAUUACUAUUAUUUAAAUUUAAAAAAUAAAAAACAUCAAAAUGUUAACCAUUAUAAUGACACAAAUAAUGUACUGGUUACAGAUUUUUAUAUGUAUUCAACACUAAAUGCAAGUUUUAAUAGAUUAAAUUCUUUGAAGAAUAAAAAUAAUUUUCAUUUAUUUAAUAGAAAUAUUCCUAACAUGUAUUUUAAAACAUCAAAUGACAUAAUAGGAUUCAACAACAAUAAUAACAAUAAUAACAACAACAGCAAUAAUAAUAAUAAUAAAAUAGAAUCGACAUAUAUGGAAUAUGAUUUUUUGAAGAAUUUACCUUACACAAAAAAUAAUAAUAGUAAUAAUAAUAUGCUUCUUAAAUAUUAUCCUGAACAACAUACAUAUGUUCAUAACAUUACCCAGAGUUUUUUCUCACCCAAUAAGAUAUUUACAAUUAGAAAAGGGAAAAAAAACAAAACAGCUAAUCAGAAUAAACAGAAACUAAAAAAAUUUGUCAAAGAUGAAAAAAUUAGAAGCUUACUAAGAACAGCUACAAAUGAAGAUGAGUUACUUAGAGCAAUAAAUUUUGCAAAAAAAGCUGGUCUUGAAUUUGAAGCAAAAUUAGGUGAUAAAAAAUUAAACAAGUUGAAAUGUAUAAAUUGA